GUGGAUUCAGAGAAAAGAAAAGAAAUCAGAAAAAUUAAAACCCUCUUCUCUCCACCAGUCCGCCUGGAAGUCUCACUGUGAGAGAUAUUAUAGAUAUAUACAUACGCUAUUCGCGGAUAUAAUUGCAGUGGUUUUACUUAUUUUUCUGAAUCACGGGUCGUGAUGGAAGGUCCGAGUAAUGGCGGAUUGUUGUACCACGAAGUUCAGGAGUCAAAGCUCUGCGCCGUACAUUGCGUGAACACAGUGUUGCAGGGUCCCUUCUUUUCCGAGUUCGAUUUGGCUGCCCUUGCGUCCGAUCUCGAUCGCAAGGAGCGUCAGAUGAUGCUUGAAGGAGAUGCCGUCUCCGAUGAUUUCCUCCGCUUCGAUUCUGAAGGGUCUCAUAAUGUCUCCAUGGACGGCGACUUUAGCAUCCAGGUUCUCCAGAAGGCUCUGGAAGUGUGGGACCUGCAAGUCAUCCCCCUUGACUGCCCUGUAGCUGAGCCUGCCCAAAUUGACCCAGAGAUGGAAAAUGCAUUUAUCUGUCACUUGCAGGAUCAUUGGUUCUGCAUCAGGAAAGUAAAUGGAGAGUGGUAUAACUUUGACAGUCUAUGUGCAGCUCCUGAACACCUCUCAAAGUUCUAUCUUUCAGCCUAUCUUGACUCUCUAAAAGGCUUUGGAUGGAACAUUUUCCUGGUCAGGGGAAACUUCCCAAAGGAGUGCCCCAUCUCAUCAUCUGAAGCUUCUAAUGGUUUUGGGCAGUGGCUUUCACCUGAAGAUGCCCAGAGGAUCACUAAAUCUUCCAAUGUGGAUCAAGCAGCUCCUCAAGGAACCAACUUGUCACAACAAACCUUGGAUCCUGAUCUACCAUUUAGGGAAGAGGAUGCACUCUCUGAUAUGGAAGAUGAAGAUUUGAAGGCUGCGAUUGCUGCCAGCUUGGUGGAUUCCAAUCCGCCGAGUGCUGGGACAACCAACACUGGAGAUGUAAAUCAAUAACAGCUAUCAGCUAAGAAUCCGCAGAAGACGGAAUUUUUGAACUUAAAAGAAUCCUUUAAUCGAACAAUCUGGAUUCAACUACACAUGUCUAUUCAGAUACGGAGUUUUGGCUGCUAUCUUCGUUUUGAAGUUAUAGUUAUGUGUUGAAUGUAUUAAUUUACCAAAUUAUCCUUCGUAAUGCUUUGUCAAAGUUAAUGAUGUAAAGGACCCUUUUUUGAAAGGGUUUUACUAAGGUUUUGAAUUGGGUGGACUACCCUGUUUCUUUAGAAACAUAAAAUUGUCAUAGUGGGAGAGAGAGAGAGAGAUGAUUAUUGAAGCACAAAAUCUGUUUCUCUUAAAUUGUAAUCGGUACGUACCACAGUGUUCACAUAUUUUCGCUUACAUGUGUUACAUUGUUUUAGUUUUUAUCGGCUUUGAUUUUAUCA